AUCCUACAGUGUCAUAUGGACGAUGGUCUUUACGCGAAGAAAACUGCCUCUCUCCUUUACAAAAGUUAUCGUUGUCUAUCGAACAUUUGGACGGUUUGGUUAACCGUGUUUAUGAAAGGGGAUGACGUGAAACUAGUUGAACGCCUAACUACUACAUUUUCAAACAUGUUGCGGGUAUUGGAACGCCGUGGAGAACAAGAGCAAACUCCGGAUGGGAGAGAAGUGCGCACUGAAUUCGCAGCCUAUGCUCUUGAUAGCCUGCAGGAGUGUUUGACGAACUUACCCUGCUCCUUGCCAGAAUUCCUUGAAACAAAAGUGAUGGAUUUUCUGACGAACGCUGCAUAUGCCCCACCUAGUCGAAUUUUAUGCCGUCUGCUUAAAUUGAUUUUAUGCUGCUGUGCUGGGUUCAAUCAUACACUGCACAUACAAAUCAUCAAGAUGUUGUGCACCUCCCUUAACUCGGAACGAACGGGUUAUUUCUUCUCUGAUUCAGAGGCAACAUCGAAUGAGUCACCAAUUCUGAGUCACUGUAAACGUUACAGAAUUGGAGCUGAAGAGCUGAGCAUCAUAAUGUCUAUCGGAGCAAUUGUAGUUGGGUCACUGGAGCUCCUUCCGCCGAACAGUUUCAAUGACAUGUUGCAAACAGCUGUAUUCACCGACAAGUUCAUGAUUCUGGCCAUCUUAAAGUAUCAGGUUCCCGAACCGGCUUCAGCCGUAUUGCAGCAGUCAGCCCUAGUUUGCUUGUUUUACUCGCGGUUCCGGACAGACUUACUUUGGCCGAGUCUACAUGAUGUGGAUUUCUACACGGAGCUCACACAAUGUUUGCACAAUAUCAUCAUGGAUCCAUCAGAACCAGGCUCUCGUUUUUUGGCCAUUCGAGUGUAUGACGCACUCCUAGAAAAAGUAGCUGCUGCGGACAACAGUACCGGUGGCCUCCGUGAUUUCAUUCUCACUAAUCCAUGGAAUGGAAUUGUUCUUGAGCAACUUCAAGUUGUCGCACCUCAAGAAGAGCUCCUAUAUCCGUCCAUUUUCCUCCUCCAGUUUGUUACAGCGCUUAGCCGUACAAACAAUCUGGGGCUAAUCAGCAGCAUAGAAAAGGUCUCCUUACGGGUAAAGCUUCGAAUGGAAGCAGUCAUGGGUCAGCUGACGAGUCCCAUGGAUAUAUUUUUGACGCAGCAAUUCGCUCGUUUAUUUCAUUGUCAAAUGCCAGAUUUUUGGAUGAUGUACUCCACGAUAACAGAAUUCCGCACAGCACGCUAUCUCAAAACAGUUUAG